AAGGCCUAAGCACCCAUUGGGUACCGUGGGGCUAUAGGGGAUACACGGACUCUGGCGAGGGAACACGUGUGCAUGCAACAUGCACACAUUCUGGCUCCGCCUACGAGAACCGCCGGGUGGUACCUCCGCGUUCGACAGUCAGAGACCAUCUACCACCUACGGACAAUCACAACAUCCAUGGCCAAGAGAAACAUUUCUCCUGGGACGGGACUCGAACCCGCACAGCGCACGGCGGCUGAUCAGGAGACCGACACUCUGACCCACGCGGCCAACCGAGGUCCCGUACAAAAAGUACGAGAAUUGUUUCCAAGCGACUAUGCACAACGGGUUGAAUUGAAUGUUGAGAAGGUGCGGAGGAUGAAACUUUUUUCACAGCAUCUUAUGGACAGAUGAAUCCAACUUUAACCGAAAUGGAAUAUUCAACUUGCACAAUUUCCAUUCAUGGA